UGGCAGAAACUGCGGUUAGAUCGGGGUCAAAGUAGCAGAGCUACAACAGUUAAGUAGAGGCUCGUUGUAAUUCACAUCGUCGACAGCAGAUCUUCUUCUCUUCCUGUGUCUUGUUCCUUCGGAGCUGAAAAGAUGAGCCGAGGAUGUGAAUUAUGGGAUUUUUGCUAAGGCAGAAGGACUCGAUCCGGAGUCAAGUUUGUAUGCGGACGUUGAGGCAGUUUUAGUGCCUGACUGUGCUCUGUCGGUCCUUGAGGACCCAGUAUAUGUGUCGCGAUUACGCAACCGAUUGUGUCAGGUCCCUAGUGCGAGUAGUAUUUUGGAACAAGCGCCGUCCUCUUCAGGAGGUUUACGUCUUUACGUGCGAGCAAUGGACCACGCGAGGUACCUCUUCGAGGCUGCGAUCUGCGGGAAGAUCUUUGUGUCUUCUGGUUUCGUGGAGGUGCAGAAAUUCUUCGAGGUCGUUUUGUCGCACGUAGUCCCUGCCAUUCAUGCGGCUUUGCAAUCAUCUGGAGUCACCAUUAUAGACACGCAAGGACAGACUGUAAUCGGUGCGUUUUUGCGGUUACUCAUCGUGUUGGCACGAAGCAGCACCGUCAUCCAGAACAGUUGUGAGGCUGUCGUGGUAAACAAAUCGAAAAGCACUAGUGGUGCAAACGGACACAGUGUUACGUUCAGCUUUUAUCCAUGAUCUCUCUCUUCAGCAUUUCUUCGGGAGUACUACCCUUUUUUUUCAUCCCAUAGUCUAGAACAAGGAUACAAGAACGAAGGAAGAGGCACCGAGAUGAGGGGACCAUCUCGAGAGAAACAGAAAUCCAGGAAGCAUAACCGUUCUAACCACUCGGCAGUAAACGCAAACGAUGCAGUGCCACCACUUCCGAUGCUGCAGCAGGCGCUUCGAUCGGCCGGCGCACAGUGCGGAGCCCAAUUAACUGCCGUGUUGCACACCCUAAUCACUCGACAAAGGGGAGAGCUGAGACGGUACGCUUUCCAGGCAGCAUGCUUGUUUAAGGCUCAAAGGAGCUCAUUUCCAACUCGUCCAAGUGUUGUUUUUCUCUGUUUCCACCUCCGUCCUCAGUGCCGUUCUGACAAAAUGAACCGCAGAGAAACGAAUUUCUUUACGUUCUAAUUUGUUGCGGAUAGACCUGGCCUCAGCAGCCGCAGAAUUCCUAGGAGGGUCGCUCUGUAUGUCUACAUCCCCUACAUUCCUAGAGUCUGCGGAUGUUUGCGCAUCCCUCUGCCUGAUAGCGCAAUUGCGUGGCCACUUACUUGCGGCUACGUCUGUUUGGGGCCGGUCGUCAUCAUCGCCUGGAGGCAGACUCGGAAAUCCGGAUCCCUACGGCGUUUCAUCCAGAGAAGGUACGAAAUCCACGUCAGCAUCGGCUAUCGCCAGAGGCAUUGACGCGCAGAUCA